AUGAGCGCGGCCAAGCGCGGCAAACGGGCAAAGCCGGACGAUGUAGAAUCGGACAGGUCGAGCUACGCAUGCUUCGCCGCAGCAGCGAACGCCGUAUCGCAGCUGUACACUGCUGGCGUGCGGGAGAGGCGCGCCGCGUCGCGCCACACGCUGGAGAAGGUCCUUGCCUUCGUGCUGCGUGAGUACCCAAAUUCGGACUACGUCCCGAAGUCCGUGUUGCUGCAGUACCUGCAGCAUGAGUACGAGCGCACGGCAGAUCACGGGGACACGGUGCUGCCGGCGGGCGCGGGGCUGCUGCCUUUCAUGGUCAGCGCCGCCAGCGCCGCCAGCAGCGGCGAGGACGGCCCGGACUUGGAGCAUCUCGUGGGGGGCGGCGGCAAGGCGGCGCGCGCCAACAGCGGCGGCCGCACUGCGGGCACGUCCUUGCGCGGGGGCGGCUCGGAGCAGUUGCAGCAACAACAGCAGCAGCAGCAGCAGCAGCAGCAGUACAUGAUGCAGCAGCAGCAGCAACAGCAGCAGCAGCAGCAGCAGUUUGCAAUCCAGGGGCCAAUGCCGCAGCAGCACUACCAUCAGCAGCAGUUUGGGCAGCAGCAACUGGAGCAGCAGUUUGGGCAGCAGCAAGAGGAGCAGCAGGAGCAGGUGGGGCCGGCCCAUGCGAUGGAGACCAGCCACCAUGGCAUGUUCCCGCCCCACUUCGGCUGA